UUAUAUCCAGUUCGGACUAUUGGGAUACCCUGCUUCCCCGUACGUAAACUUUUUCGUAAAUAAAAAAAGCGGCAAAGAGAAUAUCAAUCAUGAAUUUCGAGUGAUGAGAAGAUCUACUCAGUAAUGCCAUCAAUCUCAAAUAGAUUCAAUUGAUAAAUUGGUGAAAUACGAGAUUGAUGUUUGCAUGAUAAAGUCAUUGUAUGGCAUGGGUAACAUGAUACACUGGUAAGGGAACCCUAAGUCUCUUCAACCAGUGAUAUUCCGCUUUGAUAAAAAGAUUGUGGGAUCCUCACUGGAAACGUGAAUGAUUGUUGUUUCAUCAUGCAGAAAUAACCCUAUCCUUGAAUCCAAGUACAGAUGCAAUUGUAGUUGUAGCUUUCUAGGUACUUAAGAGGUUCUCGAAUUAUUCCAUUCUAGAUCCAGCUGUAAGUCUUGUAUUCGGUUUUGUUCUCAAUAUGUUUUCCGCCUUGAAAAAAUCUUUGAGAAUAGAGCCAAAGGUGGAAGCGCCAAAAGACGUCACUCCAAACAAAGUCGCGAAAGAGGAGAAUGUUGAAAAUGCUAGGAUAGAGGAUAUCAUUGUGGUAAAAGAUCUGGACGCGACAAGAAAAGAAGCGGAGACGGAAAAAGUCGAAGAUGUUAGAGAGGAAGAUGUUUUGGUGAUAAAAGAUCUAGAUGCCAGAUGGGAAGAGAGAGAUGUAAAAAAGGAACCAGAUACGAGAGCCGAAGAGGAAGCGAGAGAUAUUGAAAAGGGGGAAGAUAUAAAGGGGGAGGAAGAUCUAGAUGUCAGGGUCGAAAGCGAAGGUAUGAAAGAGGAGGAAGAUGUUAAAAUGGAAGAUAUCGAAGUGGAGGUGGAAGAUGCCAAGAAGGAAAUCGAAGAGGAGGAAAAAGAACAAAAAGAAAAAGAGCCAACAAUAACUUCGAACUCAACAAAUAACAUUGGAAUUCCAUCACCACCAUCAUCAGAAAUUGGUGACGAUGUUAUUGGAGAUGAAGAAAGCGAAAGGGAACAAAUUAAUUCAACCUCAACAACCCCUGGCAACGAUCGUUGCUUAGUGGGGUCAUCUUCGGUAACUGCCGCCAAUCCUGAUUCAGAAGUAAACAAAAAUGAGGAGACCAGCAUAUCCACAACACCACGUCACUCGCGUGCAAUUUCACCAACUCCAAUUGAAAAUCGCAGUCACACAGAGUAUCAAGAGAAAAGGAUUUCUUCUUCCACAGCAGAUUUUGAGAUAAACGCUCCGGAUACCCCACCCGCGACACCACCUAGGGUAGUAAGGCGCGAAAGAUCUGCCAGCCAAAGAGAACGCGAGAUCCUACGAUCGAGACAAUUUUCCGAGACAGCACGAUUGCAAAGGUCUGCGGAGAAGCCCGAGAAGACUGACGAAAACCUUGGGCUUGGGAGAAGAAGAAAGAGAUAUCAGCAUAGACAUAAAUCCAAAGGGUCUAACGCAGGCUCAGGAGAAGCGUUGAAAGCGGUCGAACCGCUGCAUGAGCAUCAGCUUGGAAAAAUGGCCUUUGCUGAACAGCAGCAGUGGAUUACGGUGCAACAGAAAACCUUCACAAAAUGGUAAGCUGGGUGGUUUAUGUUUGCAAAGUAUGAACGAAUACUUACUGGAAAAAUAGGUUGAACACGAAGAUAGCACACAGGAAAUUGGAGGUAGUGGAUUUGGUUAAAGAUUUGAGCGAUGGAGUAAGUUUUUCUGGCCAUGGACUUCCCUUGUUGAGUGCUAACGUAUCAGGUCAUUCUCAUCCAUCUUCUCGAAUGUCUUUCAAAUGAAUCACUCGGCCGAUAUGCAGCGAAGCCUAAACUACGAGUACAGCGGUUUGAGAACGCAAAUUUAUCGCUGGACUUCAUCAAAUCUAGGGGCAUUCAGAUGACAAACAUCGGGGCCGAAGAUGUCGUAGACGGGAAUCGCAAAAUCAUCCUUGGUUUGAUCUGGACGCUCAUUCUUCGAUUUACUAUAUCUGACAUCAACUUGGAGGGUAUGACUGCCAAAGAGGGUUUAUUGUUAUGGUGUCAAAGAAAAACAGCCUGCUACGAAGAGGUUGAUGUUCGAAACUUUACAGACAGUUGGAAUGAUGGAUUAGCAUUUUGUGCACUGCUCGAUAUCCACCGACCGGAUCUAAUCGAUUAUGAUACUUUGGACAAGGAUGAUCAUAGAGGCAAUAUGCAGUUGGCUUUUGAUAUUGCAACCAAGGAAAUCGGUAUCCCGGCGCUCUUGGAUGUUGAGGAUGUCUGUGAUGUGGCCAAGCCGGAUGAGAGGAGUUUGAUGACUUACAUAGCCUAUUGGUUCCAUGCCUUUUCGCAGAUGGAGAAAGUCGAAAACGCUGGCCGAAGAGUGGAAAAGUUUGUUAACAACAUGCAAGGAGCUUGGGAGAUGCAAAGUGCUUACGAGAAGAGGAUGAGAGCACUAUUGAAGAACAUCAAGGAGCAGGUGAUUACUUGGCAAGAUGCGACUUUCGAGGGCACAUAUGUGGAUGCGAAGAAACAAGCGUCACAUUUUAGUUCGUAUAAAAGAGGCCAGAAAAGAGAGUGGGUUGCCGAGAAAAGUGACCUUGCUGCGUUAUUAGGGAACAUAAAGACGAAGCUUAGCACAUACCGUCUUAGAGCUUACGACCCACCUCCGGAGUUGAGAUUGAGUGUCCUAGAUGAAGAGUGGGCAAAAUUGAUGAAGGGUGAAAUGGCUAGAGGUCAACUAAUAAACGAGACCAUUAGAGAGUCAGUUAAUACUUAUGUGCAAAGUGAAUUAUGCUAAUGGCUUUUAGUAUCAAAAAUGCCUUACGAAGAUCUUUUGCCGACAAAGCCAACGAUUUCGCAACGACUUUGAAUACGAUGCAACUGGCAAUAUCAGGAUUGGAGGGUGACGUGGAGGAUCAGUUGGUUCACGUCCGUCGAUUGCACGACAACCUUCCACCUCUCAACCAAUUUUUGGAUCAAAUUGAGGCUAUAGACAAGAAGUGCGAGGAAGCGAACAUCGAGGAAAACGACUUUACGACUUACACCUACGAUGAGCUCUGCUAUGAAAUGAGUCUAGUGAAAAAUUCGGUUGCGAAGAAAUUGGCAUUUUUGGACAAUCAAGUAGUAGCUCGGAACAUGACGAAUCUGACGCCAAUACAACUUGAAGAAUUCGAAAGUGUCUUCCGACAUUUCGAUCGUGACGCUACCAACAGUUUACAAGAAUUGGAAUUCAGUGCAGCUCUGGCGUCACUCGGUCUCGUCUUCUCGGAAGAAGAAAUGCACGACUAUUUCCUCGAUACAUCAAACGGAAAAGACUAUGUAACGUUCGAGGAAUUCAUCCGAUUUAUGGUGGACGUUACAGAAGAUCAAAACACGGCAGAACAAGUUUUCCAAUCCUUCCGUGACGUUGCGGAUGGCAAGCCUUACGUCACGGAAAUGGAUUUGAGACAUAGUUUGGUGCCGGAUGAGGUUAUCGAAAAAUUGACUCAAUUCAUACCGCUGCAUAAAGGCCCUGACCUACAGCAAGACAGGGGUAUGCCGCAAUAUGAUUACAUUAGUUUUAUGGACAAAUUACUAGUAGGGAAUGAGGAUGAUGGAAAUGAUGGUGCUCUGAGUGAGUUGAGCAAUGGAAGGAGCCCGAAGAGAGCGAGUGGAAGUGGUGGGAAAGCAAACGGGACUCACUGAGCCGAGGGGUUGCGUAUAUGAGAUGGAAGGAAGCUCAUAAGUACACGAGUAAGUAUACUUUGUCAUAACCAGCGCAUUCAUAUGACCCGGUAUAUCUUUUUUGUAUUUGGUAGUUGGUCUGCCUUGGAUUUAAGGAUUGGGCGGAUGGUGAUCGAAUUCUGAUGGGUUAACGGCGAACUGAGGUUUGAGCGAUGGAGUUGAGACUUGCUUAACUUGGUUGGCCUUGGCUGCAAGCAUAAUUAGACAAUUCUGAAAUAUUCAUCAAUUUUGUGCUUA